CACACGUGUUCCGCUUUACGCUGUCCGGUCCGUUUAGUUCUCCUGCAGGAACCCGGUGAGUGGUUGACUGAUGUGUUAGCAUUAGCCGGGUUAAGAUCGGCGCGGCUCGGCUCGGCUCGGCUUGACUCGACUUCUGGUUCACAUUGAGAACUGGACAAUGUCUGAAGAGGUUCCUAAGGAGGGAGACCCUACCCAGUCUACUCUGUCCCUAUCACAGGUACAGGCACAGUCCAGCCAGUACACCCAGUCUCAGCAUGGUUCCAGUUCCUCCAGUGGCCAGACGUCCAGCAGCUCGGGGACUCUGAGCAGUGUGGACACCAUCCCCGUCACCCUGGCAUCUGUCCCUGAGGAGCCUGAACCGCAACCCUGGGGCCGCCUGCUGCCCAUGGCACAGGUGUUCAGGAGCCACGAUUGCAUAGAGGACGAGUACCUGUUUGGACGAGACUCCAAGUGUGACUACGUCCUGGGGGACCCUAAUAAUCGAGGAUCCAAAAAGUUCCUAAUCUACAGCAAGAAGCACUUCAGGAUUUACAGAGAAGGCAACGAGGCCUUUGUGGAGGACUACAGCAACAAUGGGACGUUUGUUGACGGGAUCCUGGUGGGUAAAAACAAGAAGCUUCCUCUGGUCAACAACGCCGUGAUCUCUCUAGCGGAACAGCGGAACAAAGUCUUUGUUUUUAUUGACCUCAUCUCUAAUGACCAGUCCAGCUUACCCAAGGAGCUUCAGGAGAAAUAUGUGCUGACCCGUCGCAUUGGCACGGGAGUGUGUGGUGAAGUCAGACUGGCCUUCGAGAGAAGCACCUGCAAAAAAUUAGCAGUAAAGAUAAUAAACAAGAAGAACUUCCAGUCUGAAGGGACAGCAACACGAAAUGCAAAGACCGAGAUCGAGAUUCUGCAGAGGGUCGACCAUCCUUGUCUCAUAAGGACUGAAGACUUUUAUCAGACUGACGACAGUUACUACAUUGUGUUGGAGCUGAUGGAGGGAGGCGAACUGUUCCACAAGGUGAAGUCUCAGCAGCAGCUGCAAGAGUCUAUGGCCAAACUUUACUUCUACCAGAUGCUCAGAGCAGUCCAGUACCUCCACAGUAACGGAAUCAUCCACAGAGACCUGAAACCAGAGAACAUACUUUUGUCCUCAUUGGAAGACGUCUGUCUCAUCAAGGUGACUGACUUCAACCAGUCCAGGAUCCUGGAAGAGGCCGCCCUGAUGAGGACUCUGUGUGGGACCCCAUCUUACCUGGCUCCUGAAGUCCUCACCCAUGCCUCCACUACUGGCUAUGGCCUCGCUGUGGACGCCUGGAGUCUGGGAGUCCUGCUCUUCGUUUGUUUUUGUCUCUUCAGUCUCAGUGGCUAUCCUCCCUUCCACGAAAACUUUGGUUGUGAAUCCACCACGGACCAGAUCAUCAGAGGACAGUUCACCAUGGUUCAGUCUAAGUGGAGACAUGUCUCUGACCAAGCGAAGGACAUGGUGAGGAAGCUGCUGGUUGUUGAUCCCACUAAAAGGAUGACGAUAGAGGAGGCUCUGCAGCAUCCCUGGUUACAGGAUCACGACAUGAUGGACACGGCACACCGACUCAUGUACCCAUCUGGAGAUGGUCCCGCUGUUCCCAUGUCCUCCAGGAAGCGAGGCCGAGGUGAAACAGAUGAAGAACAACAUCCAGCAAAACGGACUCAAGCUUCGCCUCCUGGUCCAGUGUAGGGGACCCAUCAGAUUCAGCCAUUCCUCAGGUCGUGUGACUCAUUUGCUACUGUAGCACUGCUGUAAAUAAAGUUUAUAAUGUACCCAAUAAACUACUUUAUAUUUUCA